AUGACUAUAAUUAUGGGAGUCAUUGCCCAACAGUAUCAAGGGCCACAGGUCCCCAUCUCUGGUUUACUUAACAGUACCAGCAAUGCUAUGGAUAAGAAAAAAGUUGACACAUGUGGGGACAAACCAUCGUUCUUUGAAAUAUUCAAAUCACGAUGCAGUGAAUCAGACUUAGGGCCAAUAAGUCUCAAUUGGUUUGAAGAACUCAGUUCAGAAGCUCCACCUUAUGACUUUAAAAGACUAGAAAACCCUGAACAUAACACUAUAUGUCUGGAUCAAAGUACAUUUAAAACACCAAAGGGGAAGCUGUCUACAAACAGUCCAUCAGCAUCAACUCCAAUGAUUUUUAAAGAACAAAAUAAAACCGUACCAUUAUUUGCUUCUCCCAUAAAAGAACUGGGUCAGAGCAACACAGAAACAGGUGAAUACUUUGCAUUGCUAAGAGGAGGUUUACUACGUACACCCAAGCUUUUUGAGGCACAGACACAAAAAUGCAUUUCUGAGAGCCUAGGAGCACAAGUGGAUCCUGACAUGUCUUGGUCGAGUUCAUUAGCAACACCCCCUACACUUUCUCCAACAGUCGUAAUAGAUAGAGGAAAUGAUUCCAGAGUUUCUGGAACAAAGCAACAUAAUGAAAGACUUGAGUUGAUCAUGCGUGGCAUUUUCUCCAAGUAUAGCAGAAGUCUCAAGAAGAUUAGCAUGAAUAUGCAAUCUGCAUCAAGAAUUGAGGAUGUAUGUGCAGAAACUCCCAGCAAAAUUCACAGUAGGAUUCCAGCUCCAGUUGGUAGUGAUGACAGAGGACUCACAAGGUCAGGCUUGAAAACCAUAAGCUCACUUUCCAAUUUGAAAAGACGACCUAAAAAGUUUAUUUAUACAGUAAAUAAUAGUCCAGUUUACCUGGAAGAAGGAACUACGCAGAAAGAUGGAUCUUCUUGUCCUGUGCCGAAUUACACAGAUUUAAGAUCUUGCAUCUCUGAAGUUUCUGUAACAGCCAUCAGGAAUGAAGGGAAAACUGAAAAACUUUCAAGCACUAAUAAUCACACUAUUGAAGAGAAACAGCAAGUAAGGUCUGGGUUUUUAUCCAACUGUACUCUUAUGAACAUUUCCCAUGAAACUCAAUGCAAUGAAAAGUCAAGCACAGAAAGUAAUUUUACCUCUCAGUCAUCAAUACCUCUACAGAUAGACAGCAGAAGAGAAACAGUUAUGCUUCCCAGUCAUGUAACUGCUAAUCUAGUAACAGAGUCAAACAUACACAAGUUCCAUACAGUUAAUCACAAGGACACUUUAGAUAAAGAGUAUGGUGGGAAAUAUGACAAUCUUGCAAAUCUCAAUUCAUUGCAAGAAGCAGUUUUUGAAGAUUCUACAUUGGCAAUGCAAGCAUCAAAAAGUGGAAACAAUUGCGCAGCCUUGGAAUUAGUUACACAACAUUCUUUGGCAAGUUGCACUCCAUUUGCUGAACUUGGAUUUCAGUCAAAGAAAGUACUACAACCUGCUACAGAUGAAUCUUCUACGCUUAUAAAAUCUGGGGGGGAAAUAUAUACAAAACAGCCUCUACCACUAGACUUAAAAGAAAAUGCAAACAAAUGCAAGCAAAGAUGGUUAGGAUGUGCAAAUCAGAGCAAAAACCAAAGCUUCGAUGGGUUCAAAACUGCUUCCAAUAAACAAAUAGCACUGUCUGAUAAUGACAUUAGAAAAAGCAAAUUGCUGUUCAAAGACAUAGAAGAUCAAUUUCUUGAAGGUUUUCCCAGUGAAAGAAUGAAGAAUACUUCAAAUCAAAAUACACAGGAAACUGCUGAGAUUUCUUCAGUUGGGCGAAGUGAAUUGAAUGAAAACUCAUCUAAUUUUUCACAUGUUUCUGAUUCAUUGAUGAAUCUUAUUCAGUUCGACAAUACCCAAAGCAUUUUUCCUGAAUGUUCCAAUAUGAAUGUGCUUAAAAAUGCAGAACCUGAAGGAAAAAAUUUAACCGCAAGCCAAGAAGCUGAAGUUACUGAACUUUCUAAUAUACUGGAAGAAACUGGUAGUCAGUUUGAAUUUACACAAUUUAAAAAACAUAGGACUGUGGUAUACAAUAAUACUUGUGAGAUGUCUGGAAGCUUUGAUAAAGAUGGUGUAAAUUCUGAAAUGUGGAAAGAUAUUGAUUUUGGGGAAACCUUUGAAGACAAAGUUCCAAGAGGCAAUGUUCUCUCUCCUCAUAAGCAUAUAAGCACAACUGAGGAAUAUAAAAUACAGACACAAAGCAGUGAAGAGAUUACAUCAAUGAAUUCACGAAGCAGAGAACAGAACAAAAAUGUCCCAGCUAUUUUAGCACCUUUGCAGUCUGAGUGGGGGUACUGUAAUUCAACAAGUGGCAAAGAGAUGAACAUUCCUGGUGAGACUAUAAACAAAGUUGAAAAAUACAUCUGUGAUCUUGAUGGAGUGAAUGAAAUACUUAUCCCUCAAAAAACAAACUUUCAAACUGAUUGUUCAAAUAGCGGUAAUAAUCACAACUAUAUGAAAGAAAUAUGUGAUUGGCAUCAUAUGGCCAAACAAGUGGGUGCUCAAUAUAUGAUAAAAAAUAAUACAAAAGAUACAAUUACAAACAUAAAAAAUAAGUCAAAAGUUGCAAAGUAUAAUGAAGGCAAUGUUAUCCAGAUUACUAGUACUACAGAAGUUAACCUAAAAAUUGUUAAAACAUAUUCCAUUCAGAUGACAGGAAAUGAACUGCCAUCCACUGAAAACAAUCGCAGUGUAUUAGUUGCUCAACACUUUGUAAACUGUGGAGAAACUAAGUGUAAUUAUAAUUUGCAAGAAACUUUGUCUGAUCUAACAUGUUUAGCUGAAGUUGCUAAAACUGACACAAAAAUCACUUUGAAUGAUACAGAUGAAAAAGAAACCCUUAAUUCAAGUCAGAAAGAGGAAUUUCCAGGAAGUCAUCAUUUACUGCAGAGUUUUCACACUGUUGCUGAUGAGAACAUAUUAGCAGCUAAUAGUAAAAUGUUUAAUUUGUUAGGUGGCUCCUAUGUCAAAGAAGAACAAUCUUCUAAUGGGAAAACAGGUGCUAGAAGCAAAAAAGGAGCUAUCAGUUCUAUGAAAAAGAGUACUGACUUAAGUGAAAAUAAAAACUUAUUUGUCACCAACCAUCAGAAAGUCCCUGAAGCAAGAAAAGAAAAACAGACCAGUGCUUUUCACACAGCUAGCGGUAAGCAAAUUACAGUUACUGACGAAUCGCUAGCUAAAGCAAGGCAUCUUCUUUCAGAAGAAACUGUUAUCCCAGAAAAGGUGGAUGAUGUCAAACCUAGCUUUCAUAUUCCAAUAAAAGAGAAAAGGAAUGAGGAGAUUACCAAAGUAAGACAAGAAUUUGGAGAAGGAACUGAAAAACAUGAGGAAGUUCUAAAUCCUGAAGGUAAUUUUAAAGAUCCUCUGGAACCGUUGUCAAACACUGUUAAACGAACUGAGAAUUUUGAAACUGUUAAAAGGCUGUCUUUGGAGAUGAAUGUAUCGGAAUCCAAUAACAUUCUGGCACAUACAUCAAACAAGAAUGAUACUUCAAAAACUUCAUUUUUUGAUACUGAUCAGCAUUUGUAUGUUGAAGAAAAAUCUGAUGCUUGUGUAAAACAAAAUCUUCAGCCAUUGUCAUCUAGAAAUACAAGUAAUGUAUUAACUACUAAGAUUAAUAAAAAACUUGAUUCUUUGGAUAUACCUUGCAAUACCACUUCAAAAGCUAGUUACUCUGAUUUAAAGAGUGGACAAUCUGCAUUGCACCAUUCACAUGAUGCAUGCAAUGAGAGAAAUUCCAUUCCAGAGAAUUUCACUUGUAUUUCUGAAGACGUUUCAUCAUCAAAUAGUUUUAAUGCAGAAAACAAUGUUAGUAUUUUAAAAGGAACUUCUAAAAAUGAAAGUUAUAUGUCACAGUUACGUGACUUAGAAUUGUUGGAUAACUUGGAUACCAACAUUUUACAAAAAUAUUCAGCUAGUGAAGCAGCAGCUUCAACUUCAAAACUAUUGAAAGCUAGACCAGUUGCAUUCAAUACAGCAAGUGGUAAAACUGUUGAGGUUUCUCAGGAAGCAUUGAAAAAGGCCAGACAGUUGCUUCAUAAAGACUGCUGUAAAUCCAUAAAACAGAACAUGGCAUGUCAAUCUGAAACAAGUAAACUUAACAUUUCAGAAAGUUGUUCUGAAGGCUUGAGCAGUGGAGAGUGUGUUACUACAUCCAAUUACUUGAGUGUCGAAACAAUUCCAGUGGGAAGUUCAGUUGCACACCAUUUUCCUUGUGCCAAAGAGUACUAUGAAGAUGAGCAAGCAUUAGAGUGUACUGGAUCUAUGUCCCUGAAAACUCUGCCUGAGUCAAGUUGUCAGACUUCAUGUGUUCAAAUGAAUGAUAAGUGUUCUGAUACAUGGAACUCUAACAAGCUGAACUGCAUCAAGUCAGACCUUUCUACAGAUAACUGUGGGCUUUUUAGCACAGCAAGUGGCAAACCUGUACAGUUAUCUGAGGAGUCAUUAAAGAAAGCAAGACAACUUUUUUCUGAAAUGGAAAAUGAAUCAUCAGGUCAUAGGAGCCGUGUAUCAGAUUGUGAUUACAGUUAUGGUGAAGCAUCUUUGGUUAGGAACAAAGCAUCUGCUACAGAAAACAAACUACUUCUGCCACAAGGGAAAAGAUUUCCAUAUACUGAAGUGAAUUCAAAUAUUCCUUGUGGCUUUAGCACAGCAAGUGGAAAACAGGUUCAAAUCUCUCAAAAGGCUCUCCAAAGUGUUAUGGGGCUCUUAAAAGAAUUUGAUGAUGUCAAUAGUAAUGGUUUCUCUGUAGAUCAACAGAAUUUGGGACAAGGUCAUAUUUUACCCACGAAAGCUCCUGCUGCAGAUGCUAAAGUUAGUUCCAACUCUAAACCGCAGGAGAAGUGUAAUGCAUUUUAUUUACCCACAAGGAAUCCUAAUGAAAAGAAGACUUCUAAAAACCUAUUGAGCAUUAAAAUACCUUCGUACUUGUCUCAUACUGAGAAGUACAAUAGAAUGGAAACAAAAUAUGCAACAAAAUUUGAUAUUGUAACAAAAGAAAAUCUGGAUUUCCACUCUCCUGACUACACCCAGACUCCAGAAAAUUACUUGGAAAUAGAAGCUUCGGAAAGUGCUAAAGCCUUCAUGAAAGAUGAUGAUCUCAUUGAUUCAGAAAUACGGAAAAAUAAAAAAGAAUCUAUCUUGAGUUCUGAGAGAACUAAUAAUUUCCUGUCAAAUUCAAGAACUGGAAAAAGGCAUAUGGAAGAAGAAAAUACAUUUGGAGAACCUUCCAUUAAAAGAAAAUUGCUGCCUGAAUUUGAUAAAUCAGACAGGUCAAACAGAUCAUCUUUGAAAGCCUCAAAAAGUACUCCAGAUGGUACAAUGAAUGACAGAAAAAAGUUUACCUUCAAUAUCCCUUUAAAGCCAGUAAUCUGUGGCCCCUUUAGUUCUACAAAAGAACGGCAAGAAUUCCUGAAUCCAAAUCUUACUACUCCUGAUCAAGAUCCUAAACGGUCUAAAUCUGAUGGAUUUCAGCAAGAUAUUUCAAAACAGUCUUCAAGUAGAUCAGAUUUAUUUACUGCAUUUAGUAAAGUCUCCAUUGAUGAAAGCAAGAAAAUGGAAAAUUAUCAUAGAGCCAAGCAACCUGUCAAAGUCUUUGUGCCACCUUUCAAAACAAAAUCAAGUGCUCCUCAGGAUGAAAUAGGUAUCAGCAAAGAAUCUGUCUUACUGGGCAACAAAGUUAUUAAUAGAAUAGAAGAACUUAAUCCUGAAAAGGAUCAUGAAAGCACCAUUGAACCAGAAAAGGAUAAUUCUGCACAAAUAUCAGCUGUGGAUUGGGAAUGUGAAGAUGCAAAAUCAGAUUUAACAAAAAUAAUAGCAAAUCUUCACUAUGCCAGAAAUCUACAAGAAAUAAGAAUUAUGAAAAAACAAAAGCAACGAAUCCACCCACAACCUGGCAGCCUGUAUCUUGUAAAAAUGUCUUCUGCUCCCUGCAGAGUUCCUCUGAAAGUUGCAGUGGAAGAGAAAUUGCCUCAUGCUUACUUCAGUGAACAGUUGUAUGCAUUUGGCAUUUCCAGGCAGUGCCUAAAAAUUAACAGCAGAAAUGCAGAAGAUUUUCAAUUUAUCAUCCAGGACUUUUUCAGUAGACAGUAUUUCCUAGAAAGACAUGGAAUUCAGUUGGCUGAUGGAGGGUAUCUUAUCCCUAGUGAUGACGGAACAGCAGGAAAAGAAGAAUUCUACAGAGCUUUGUGUGACACACCUGGUGUAGAUCAAAAGCUAAUUUCGAAAGCCUGGGUGUACAACCAUUAUAGGUGGAUCAUAUGGAAACUGGCAGCAAUGGAAGUUGCAUUUCCACAGGAAUUUGCCAAUAAAUGUUUGACACCAGAAAGAGUACUACUUCAGCUAAAGUACAGGUAUGAUGUGGAGGUUGACAAAAGUCAUCGAUCAGCCAUCAAAAGAAUAACAGAGAGAGAUGAUGUUGCUGCUAAAACAAUGAUAUUGUGCAUCUCUAAAAUCAUAUCAUUAAGUGCAAAUAUGUCUCAAAUCUGUGGUAAUAAAAACACUGCUGGGGAAAGCAAAAAAGAUGUGGCAGUGGUUGAAGUUACAGAUGGUUGGUAUGGGAUUAGGGCUGUCUUGGACCCUCGUCUUCAAUCGCUGUUGAAUAGACAGAGGCUGAUGGUAGGCCAGAAGAUAGUUGUACAUGGGGCGGAACUUGUGGGUUCGCCAGAUGCAACCACUCCACUGGAAGCGCCAGAAUCCCUUAUGCUAAAGAUUUCAGCUAACAGUACUCGACGUGCUCGAUGGUAUGCCAAGUUAGGAUAUUAUCGUGAUCCCCGGCCAUUCUCUUUGCCUUUAUCAUCACUCCUUAGUGAUGGUGGGACUGUUGGUUGCAUUGAUGUCAUUAUUCAGAGAAUUUAUCCCACACAGUGGAUGGAAAAAGUAUCAACAGGAUCCUAUGUGUUUCGUAACUGUCGAGCUGAAGAAAGAGAAGCUGCAAAACAUGCAGAGAACCGCCAAAAAACCCUAGAAACACUGCUUGCAAAAAUACAAGCUGAAUUUGAAAAGAAUGAAGAUGAAGGCAAAAGAGUGCUGCGAUCCCGUGCAUUAACAAGACAGCAAAUUCGCUCUCUGCAAGAUGGUGCAGACCUUUACGAAGCAAUCCUUAAAGCUGCUGAUCCAGCUUACAUGGAGAGCUAUUUCAGUGAGGAGCAGUUAAAAGCCUUGAAUAAUCAUAGACAGAUGGUAAAUGACAAAAAACAAGCACAGAUAGAAGCAGAAUUCAGGAAGGCCGUGGAAUCUACUGAACAGGAGGAACACAAUUCCUGUAGGAGGGAUGUAUCCACUCUAAUCAAAUUGCGAAUUGUGGAUUACAGAAAAGAAGAAAAAGAAAAAGAAAUUAUAUUAAACAUCUGGCGGCCGUCAUCAGAUGUCUGUAACAUUCUAAAAGAAGGAGGUCGGUACAGAAUCUUCCAGUUAGGUGCAUCGCAGUCCAAAAGCAAGACUGAGACUACCAAUAUUCAGCUUACAGCUACCAAGAAAACUCAGUAUCUGCAGCUGCCAGUCUCUGAAGAAAUCCUAUCACAAGUUUACCAACCAAGGGAGUGUCUGAGGUUCAGCGAACUGUUAGGACCCUCUUUCCAACCAGCCUGUUCUGAAGUGGAUUUGGUGGGAUAUAUAGUUUCUCUUAGGAGAGGAACAGGUUUCUCUACAUUGGUGUACUUGUCAGAUAAAAGUCAUACUCUAAUAGCAAUUCAGAUCUGUACAGAUCUUAAGCAGCUUGCUAUUGAGGACAUAAUUAUUCCUUCUGUGUUGAUCUCUGCAACAAAUCUUCAAUGGCGACCUGAAUUCAGAUCAAGCAUUCCCACUUUAUUUUCUGGAGGUCUUUCUGCGUUCUCUUCAAAUCCAAAGGAAAACCAUCUUCAAGGAAUAUUUAAUGAACUGAAAUAUACUAUAGAGAAUGAUAGCUGCUUUGGCAAAGAUGCACAUUGCAAACUGAUGAACCUGCUUCAAGUAGAUGGCCCACAAGUGUUUAACUUGCCUAAACAAUAUGGCUUGGAUCCCUUUUCUUCUCCUUGGAAAACUGGUGCAGCAAAUAAACAAUCAAUUGCAACUCCUAGCAGUGAACGGAGGCAUCAUAGCCCUUUGAUGCUUGGGAAGCUAAAUUCAAAGGCACCAGUUUCUCUAGGCUCAGAAAAAAUAACACCAGAAUUACAAGAAACUCCUAAGAACUGUAAGAAGAGAAAAGCAAUGGACCUGCUCUGUCAAGUACCUUCCCCUCCACCAGUAAAACCAAUCUGUACAUUUAUUUCUCCAUCUUUGAAAAAGGCAUUUCAACCACCUCGAAGUUCUGGUACCCAGCAUGAACAGUUACUGAAACGAACAGAAUGUAAAGUUAAAAUCCCUUCCCAAACAACGUUAAAUGAGACUGACUUCCCUCUUGAGAAUAAUUUUGUGGCUGAUGAGGAACUUGCAAUGAUAAAUACACAAGCCCUCUUAAGUAAUUUUCCCGUAGAGAGAGAGAUUGCUUCUAUGGAUGAAACUAUGUAUGAGGUAUGCAGUGAUUCACCCCACCAAAUUUUACUAAGGAAUAAUUCUUUCCAGUAUGCUAUUACAAAAAAUAUAUUGCAGGACAGUACUGAGGAGAUUGAAACUCCUGCAAAGGAGACAAAUAGUUCAUUAGCUGUGUGCAGGAAGUUGCAAAGGCAAAGGAAACGGAAAUAG